AUGCAGCGCGCAUUGAGCACCCGGGCUCGGGCUUCCGUCCUCUCCUCAGCGGCUACCAAGUACCGAGCUGGCAGCCUCAGCCAGCAGGUCCGAUUUGCUCACAAGGAGCUCAAGUUCGGUGUUGAGGGCCGUGCUGCUCUCCUCGCUGGUGUCGAUACCCUCGCUAAGGCGGUUGCUACUACCCUCGGUCCUAAGGGCCGAAACGUCCUCAUUGAGUCCAGCUUUGGAUCUCCCAAGAUCACCAAGGAUGGUGUGACCGUUGCCCGCGCUGUCAGCCUCAAGGACAAGUUCGAGAACCUCGGUGCUAAGCUCCUCCAAGAUGUUGCUUCCAAGACCAACGAGGUUGCUGGUGACGGUACCACCACCGCUACCGUUCUCGCCCGUGCCAUCUUCUCCGAGACCGUCAAGAACGUCGCCGCUGGCUGCAACCCUAUGGACCUCCGCCGCGGCAUCCAGGCUGCUGUUGAGGCCGUCGUCGAGUUCCUCCAGAAGAACAAGCGUGAUAUUACCACCAGCGCUGAGAUCGCUCAGGUCGCUACCAUCUCCGCCAACGGUGAUGUCCACAUCGGCCAGAUGAUUGCCAACGCCAUGGAGAAGGUCGGCAAGGAGGGUGUCAUCACCUGCAAGGAGGGCAAGACCGUUGCCGACGAGCUCGAAGUCACCGAGGGUAUGCGAUUCGACCGUGGCUUCGUCUCCCCCUACUUUAUCACCGAUACCAAGUCCCAGAAGGUCGAGUUUGAGAACCCUCUCAUCCUUCUCUCUGAGAAGAAGAUCUCUGCUGUUCAGGACAUCAUCCCUGCUCUUGAGGUCUCUACACAGCAGCGACGACCUCUUGUCAUCAUUGCUGAGGACAUUGAGGGUGAGGCUCUCGCUGUUUGCAUUCUGAACAAGCUCCGUGGCCAGCUCCAGGUUGCCGCUGUCAAGGCCCCCGGCUUCGGUGACAACCGCAAGUCCAUCCUCGGCGAUCUUGCUAUCCUCACCGACGGUACUGUCUUCACUGAUGAGCUUGAUAUCAAGCUUGACAAGGCCACCCCUGACAUGCUCGGCUCUACCGGUUCUAUCACCAUCACAAAGGAGGACACCAUUGUCCUGAACGGCAGCGGCAGCAAGGACGCCAUUGCUCAGCGAUGCGAGCAGAUCCGUGGCGUCAUUGCUGACCCUACCACCUCUGAGUAUGAGAAGGAGAAGCUCCAGGAGCGUCUUGCUAAGCUCUCUGGCGGUGUUGCCGUCAUCAAGGUUGGUGGCUCCUCCGAGGUUGAGGUCGGCGAGAAGAAGGACCGAUUCGUCGAUGCCCUGAACGCCACCCGUGCCGCCGUUGAGGAGGGUAUCCUGCCCGGUGGUGGUACUGCUCUUAUCAAGGCCUCAGCCCACGCCCUGAACGAGGUUCCUACUGCCAACUUCGACCAGCAGCUCGGAGUCAGCAUCGUCAAGAACGCCAUUACACGCCCUGCCCGAACCAUCAUCGAGAACGCCGGUCUUGAGAGCUCCGUCGUUGUCGGUAAGCUCACUGACGAGCACGCUGGUGACUUCAACAAGGGUUUCGAUAGCUCCAAGGGCGAGUACGUUGACAUGAUCAACGCCGGUAUCCUUGACCCCUUCAAGGUCGUCCGCACUGGUCUCAUCGAUGCUAGCGGUGUUGCCUCUCUUCUGGGCACCACUGAGGUUGCCAUCGUUGAUGCCCCCGAGGAGAAGGGAGCUGGUGGUCCUCCUAUGGGCGGCAUGGGUGGCAUGGGAGGAAUGGGCGGUAUGGGAGGUAUGAUGUAA